AUGUCAUCGAGCUCAUUAGACAGGAAAGACAUAGAAAGACCUGAUGUCGGGGAUGUCUCUUCGAUGAAGCGUGAGGAGGACCGUGUCUUCUCCGCUGAACAUCCCAACAAACUGGCUUACUAUCGUAAAAGAUACCUCAGAGACUUUUCAUCUGAAUUCCUGGGUACGAUGCUGCUAGUAAUAUUCGGUACAGGGGCUGAUUGUCAGGUUACCCUCUCAUCUUCCACGAAAGUUGCCUCAACUCAGAAGGGCUCAUAUCUAUCGAUAUCAUUUGGAUGGGCCAUCGGAGUGGCCGUUGGUGUAUGGGUUGCUGGCGGAAGUGGCGGGCAUAUCAACCCAGUUGUGACGCUUGUCCAAGCGAUAUUCCGUGGCUUUCCGUGGCGUAAAGUCCCCAUUUACAUCACUGCCCAGCUUCUCGGCGCUCUAUCCGGCGCCCUCCUUAUCUACGCUAAUUACAGCCACGCCAUCGACCUCUUCGAAGGACAUGGGUUACGAACUGAAGCAACUGCAUCGCUUUUCACGACGUAUGCAUUGGACUACAUGCCGAGCGCUGCUUGCUUCUUUGACGAAUUCCUCGGCACGGCAAUUCUGAUUAUUGCGGUAUUGGGCAUUACGGACAACACGAAUAUUCCUCCAACUGGAGGGCUCCUGCCGGUUGCGUUAUUCAUCCUCAUCCUCGGAGAGGGAAUUUCCCUUGGCAUGCAAACGGCAUAUGCUUUGAAUCCUGCGCGAGAUCUAGGACCCCGUAUAGCACUCGCAAUAGUCGGCUAUAACAAGAGCGUGCUCUGGAACUACAGAGAUCAGUACUGGCUAUGGGUACCCAUCCUCGGACCUCUCUGCGGUGGAAUGAUCGGUGCGAUCGUGUACGACGUUUUCAUGUUCCUUGGUUCCGAGUCUGUUUUCAACCGACCGAGCAAAGCCGCUCUCGCCCGUCAGCGCAUACCACCAGAAGAAAGAAAAGUUGCUGGGAAGGGAGGGAUCCGCACGGUGAUGCCGACAUUGUCUGAACAUGCGGCGGCGCAACGAUUUUACCUUGUGCCCGAUGCAACACCCUGCUCUUGUUGA